GCUAGCGCUACGUCAUGGAGCACCGUCCGUUGUGUGUGCAUAGACAUCUGAACUGCAGAACUUCACUUCCACGGGCGGCUGUCAAGCUCUGGUUGACAUUUGCGCUUCGCAGGAUCACCUAAGCAGACGUCGCAGUACGCGCAAGUCACUCGCCACUCGGCUGUCUGGUACUCCGUUAUCUGUAUCCACAGCUGAGCCCCCUUGCCCAGCUCCGUAUCUACGCAUCAUUUUUAUGGCCUCAUAACCCACCGACGCUGCGAACAACACAACCGCUAUCAUGACCGCGGACAACGCGCCUGCCGAGCGGUUCGGCCGCCCGCGAUGGCUGCUCCAUGUGCAGGCCGAGAUAUGGCGCUUUCUCAUGGGCAUCGGAAUGAUGUUGCACAAGCUCGCUAGACCGCUGCCGCCCAAGCCAUCCUUCAACCGCAACAUCGAGUCGACCGUGUCGCCCCUCAAGGGCAACUUCAAACUCCAUUUCUACGUCCCCAAGGACUACAACAGGGUGAAGAAGCUGAAGGGAGCUAAGAGAUAUCCAUGCGUUAUCAACUUCCACGGCGGAGGGUUCGUGCUAGGAAGCGCGCUGGACGACGCUCGCUGGGCCGGAGUAGUCGUCCAGCAAGUCGGCGCUAUUGUUGUCAGUGUUGACUACCGCUGCGCGCCCGAGUUUCCGUUCCCUACGGCGGUCGAAGAUGGUGCUGAUGCCGUACUGUACCUGGCCCAGCAUGCGGAUGAAUUCUUGAUAGAUCCGAGCCGCUUCGCGAUAUCCGGGUUCUCGUCUGGAGGAAACAUGAGCUUCACUGUCCCGCUGUGUCUACAGGGCGAACUGCUAGACCGCUCGCAGUCUGGCGAGAAGAUUGAAAAUCCCGCGCGCAAAGGCAGCGUCCCUGCCAUUAACAUCCUCGCACCCCCCACAAAAGUGCACUUAAGAGUACCCCCUCCAGCCAACUCAUCCGGAUCGCGCGUCGCACUCUCAAGAACGCCAACCGGCAACAGUCGCCUCGACAGAAUCGCCAUGCUCCGUUCAACAGGCCAUUCCGCCCUGUCGCUUGUGUCCUCCUACAAAGAAGGCUCCGCCGUAGCCGUCGCAACGCAAGGCUCCACGGCCGAAGCCAAAAUCCGUGGCAUCGUCUCAUUUUAUCCGCCCACCGACUACACGCAAACCCGCGCCCAGCGCCGCGCCACCUGCUCCCGCGCAGACCAACUUCUCCCCGCCGUCUUCACCGAGCUUUUCGACGAUUCUUACCUCCAGCCCCCGGCGCUUGACCUCUCGCACCCCUGGCUUAGUCCCGGCGUCGCCCCCGACGCCAUGCUCACCGCGCUGCCCGACGACAUCGUCCUCUUCUGCUGCGAGUGGGACAUGCUGCUGGCCGAGGGCGAGCAGUUCCGGGACCGUCUGAAGAACGGCCUCGGCAAGCGCGUGCAUUACCACAAGGUGCCCGGGGUGCCGCACGGGUGGGACAAGGCACCAAAUCCGCUGCGCGAGAGCCCCGGCGCAAGAGAUCAGUACAAGGUUGCGUGCCGGGAGUUGAAGCGCAUGUUUGAGAUUGAGGAGGAGGAUGUGGAGGGGGACCUGUGCGAGUGUUCGACUCAUGCGGAGAGGGAUGAGGAGGCGAGUAUUGGGAUGGGGAGUUUGAAGGAGGUGCAUACCAAGGAGAGUGCGAGGGAGGGGACGCAGUGAGAUGGGUUUCUUCCUGUCUUGUCUUUGGUUCUGAAAUGUGUGUUAAUUGAUGUGUUUCGGUGGGUGCAUCUCGUUUAGCAUGGCGUUUUGGUGUGGGUUUGUCUUCCACGCAGCAUACAUAGGCGAUGAGAUAAAAGGGCUUUUAUUCUUGUACAUAGAUCGUCGUUGAGAGGGUGGUGUAGAUGGAGAUUUAUUUUAUCGUUAUUCGUUAUUU